UGUAAUUUGGCUUGCAUAUCGGCUCGUGCGCACCGAUAGAGCCGUGACGCUGCACACAGUACCCGCCACAAGCGUGUCCCGCAGCUGCGCAAGCCACGAUCAUAACAGCGCGCGUCACAAAAAGCUAGAAGCCAAAGACAAGCCAACUGAAAAGAUAGGCUGCGCGACAAGGUUGCAAGCCGAAGACGCUGCCAGCGGCAGGGUUAUACCGCAGCCGUGUACGUAGAGCAGCAGCGCAAAAGAUAAAACAACCUAGAGGAUGGCCGAAGCGCGCCUGCGCCAGGACAUCCAGUUCCCGGCGGGCGCCUCGCUGGGCAUUUCUGUGGAUGAGGCCCUGAAAGUAAGAAGGGUAAAUGACCCGGACAGCCGCGCGAUCAAGGCGGCGCGCUACGGCGUCGUGCACUGGACUGUUGUAGAAGUCGACGGCGCGGCCGUCGCGUCCAAGAGCGAUCUGGUAGAGGCGCUGCAGGCCAAAACAGAGGGAGACGUGCGCGUCACGUUUGAAAGCCCGGAGAACCGGGCGCCGCAGGCCUCGCCCCUCGCUUUGAAGCGCACCUUGGACGCGAUCGGCGGCGACGAGCCCGGCGAGGCCGCAGGCCGCGCGUUCCUCAAACGGCUGAAGGCCCAGCAUCGAAGGCCACCGCCCACGAAGCUCGAGGGCGCGCAGCCGCGGCCCCGCGACGACGACCAGGAGGCGCGCAUCGUCGCCGGCUCGUGCACGUGGCGGCUGAAUAAGGAGGAUCCCGACAAGGCUGAUGAUCUUGCGAGAAGGGCCUGCGCGGCGCACGCCGUCGUCGGGUCGCGCGCCUUCGACUGCGGCGACAUCUACGCCGGCGUCGAGGAGCUUGUUGGAAGGUUCCUGGCGACGGCGCGCGGCCAACAUAGGGCAUUAGCGGACGCCGUGCGAUUGCAUACGAAAGUCGUGCCCGACCGCCACAUCACGAGAAGAUGCGUCAGUCCCGAUCCGCUAGCUCGUAGACGGGGCGAACGAGCAGUAGCGAGAUGCGUCGAGGCUUCUGUGUGGCGGUCAGCUAACCGACUAGGUGCCGCGGUGAUUGAUCUCGUCUACCUGCACUGGGGCGACUGGUCGGAACAAGGUUUUGACGCGGCGCUGAAGACGCUGGAAGCGCUGCGCGUGCGAGGCGUCGUGCGAGAUGUGGGAUUAACGAACGUGGAUGCUCAAAGCUUACAACAUUUACUGGAAGCCCCAUCAACAGGAACGCCUCGAAUACACAGCGUCCAGGUCAACCUGUCCGUGGUAGACCGCCGCGCGCUGACGAGCGGUCUCGCCGAGUUGUGUGUCGCACACGAUGUGAGAUUACUAGCCCACGGCGCGCUCAUGGGCGGUUUACUGUCAAAAAAGUGGCUGGGCGCCGCAAAGCCGUCGCCCGACGCCCACCCGAACGUCCGGUCGAAUCUUGUACUGGUGGAAGAAUUUGGGGGCUGGUCUCGAUUCCAGAAAGUGCUGCAGGCGCUGCAUGACGUCGCUUGUCACAGGGACGGCGUCACCUUGUCCAUGGUGGCUGUGGCCUGGGCGUUAGCACAAACGGGCGUGAAAGCCGUCGUGCUAGGAGCGAGGGCCGCGGAACAUGUGAAAGACGCCGGCCGGGCAGAAAGGCUCGAACUGAGCGAGUCUGAGCUAGAAUUAAUAGACGCGGCCUGUGCCGACGCUCCCGGUCCUUCCGGAGACGUCUACGCGUUGGAACGGACGACCCCGGUCCUCUCGCACAUGAACCAGCAAGGUCGAUCCGACGCGGUCACAACAGAUCAUUUGAGAGAAUGCUCCCGUAGACUGGCGGAACUACACGCCUUGUAUGCGAAGCAAUUGCCGCCGGCACCAGAAGGGUUAUUUGAACAAACAGUAAAGAAAGCGCGGAACUGGACGGCGCCCUCUGCUUACGCGAACCUCGAGGUCGAGGAAUUAGUCUUAGUUCUGAGAGGCUUCGUGGCCGAGGUGGACUGUUUGCCUUCCGAAAACGACGAGGAUUUACUAGGUGCGCCGGCGCCGGCCGUGUCUAGAUUGAGGACCUUCGCGGCUCGGAUGUUGGCGGCGACCGAGCAAGCUCUGUUCGUGUCGCGGAAUAAAGGCGCCAAAAGAAUAGGGUCCUACGAGGACAUCAACAAGGACGCGGCGACGCAGGCCCAGGGGGCGUUUCGGGCGCGCGUGUUGGCUGCAUGUCUGGAUGGCGAAUCGCCGACGCCGAACGCGGACGGGUGCUGCGUGUCGUAAGUAGUGCAUUGAAAAUCUUCUCGCGUCGUCGACG